CCAAUCAAAUAAGAGUUUUAAGGCUAUAAAAACAAAUGCAAGUUCCGUUCCACCACAUUUAUUUCCCGACGUUUCAUAAACAACAUAUGUAUUGAGUUUAAGAUGGCUUGGUAUGAAAUGCUGUUUUUAUUACUUGGAUUCGUUUUCAUCUCGGUGCAGGCCGUUCCUGCUCCUGGUCGAGGCGCAUUGAAAGGAUACUGUAUAACGAGCGAGCACUGUAAGAAGGGCGAGUGUUGCAUCAGCUUCAAUGGCAAAAGCGUUGCCCUCUCCCCCGACCUCCGCAAGUUCGUCGACGGCAAGUGCGAGCCGUUAGGCUCCGUCGGAGGCAGCACCUGUGGGGAGAGGAAAUGUUCCAAAUCGAAUGAUUGCCAGAAAGACGAGUGUUGUGUAAGCAAGCUCCAACGCAAGGGCAAGCGCUCCCUCGACAGCGCUAAGCAGCCCGGAAUCUGCAAGCCCAUGGGGACCUAUAACUCUGACUGCCUGGUGUCUAAUGGUUCCGGGCGACCCAAGGGCCAGGUGGAUCUCCACUGUCCGUGCGGCAACGAUCUCACAUGCCAUGGCAUUGGCAUCAGAGACUUCCCACUCGGGGAGCUUGGCAAGUGUAGCUCCCGCCCUUAGAGAGGAUACAUCCGACCCUGAGGCUGUGACCAAACACGUGAUUGUAAACGUUUGUGUAAACAUAUGUUAGUUUUGUUAAAUGGUAUUAUAAUACCAUGAUAAUAUUAAUCUUUGUCAAACAUACAUGUUUUCUCUCCAUCAUUUCCCUGUACAGUAAUUAAACUACCUAAAUUAUAUUAAAUGAAAUUAACUAUUAGAAGAGCUAUCAUGCAAGGAAAUCUUUCUCAAUUUACGCAAUAAUUAAUAGUGAAAAUGAA